AUGACCACUUUCCCUGCAGCAGAGGAAAUCACGUCAACUCUCUUCAAACUGAACCAAAAUAACGCGCCUGGUCUAGACGGUCUUACCGCAGGAUUCUACAGAGGCUCUUGGAGUGUUCUUGGUGUGGAGGUUAUCCAAUCUAUAUGCCAUUUCUUCAAUACUUCGUUCUUACCAGCAUCGACUAAUGCCACUAUCUUGUCAUUAGUCCCAAAGUUUCCAGGAGAAUCUCUCAUUACAGAAUACCGGCCCAUCUCCUGCUUGAACACUCUCUAUAAGGUGAUCUCGAGACUGCUUGUGAAGAGGCUGAAACCGAUACUCACUCCGCUUAUUGUUCCUAAUCAAACAACGUUUGUAAAAGGACAUUUGUUAGUAGAGAAUACUUUUUUGGCUGGCUACAAUGGCUAUGUAAAUGGUUACUGUAAAGGCACUUGUGGGCUGAGGCAAGGGGAUCCCUUGUCUCCUUAUCUUUUUGUCAUCGCCAUGAACACUCUCUCCCUCAUGUUGAAUCAGGCAGCACAAGAGAUGAGGAUUAACUACCAUUCCAAAUGCCAAGGAUCCAAACUCACCCAUUUGUGUUUUGCUGACGAUUUGUUGAUUUUUAUGGAUGGCUCCUUGGAAUCGGUACAAUCUGUCUUACAGGUGCUUCGGGAAUUUGAGCUAAGAUCAGGCCUCGCUGUCAGUGUGCAAAAAUCUUCCUUCUUUGCGUCUGGCCUCUCACAAAGGGAAACUGAUUUGAUCCAGUUUACUACGGGUAUGCCUAUGGGCUCUCUUCCCGUGCGAUACCUAGGAGUCCCCUUGUGCACAAAGAAGCUAUCACUCUUGCACUGUGAGGUGCUACUUCAGCAAAUAAAAACGAAGCUCUCUUCAUGGAGUGCAAAAUCCUUGUCCUUUGCGGGUAGACUGCUGCUAAUCAAAACUGUUAUCACCGGCAUUACGACCUUCUGGUGCUCCACUUUCAUCCUACCACAAGCUUGUGUGAAGCGGAUAAACUCCCUCUGUGGCGUCUUUCUAUGGCAAGGAGAUAUAGAGAAACAUCAUACUGCAAGGGUCUCUUGGGUGGUUGUGACAAAGCCAAAGCGUGAAGGAGAAUUGGGAAUAAAGAACUUAGCUAUUUGGAACAAAGCCUGCUGUCUCAAACUGAUAUGGCUUCUUUUCUUCCAGUCAGGUUUGGUGUGGGUUGCCUGGUUUGUUGAAGAAGUGUUAAACGGCUCUGUUAAUAACCUUUGGACCACUGCUCCAAGCCAGCGAUACUCAUGGCAGAAUGGCUUAUCCUGUCGAUUCUGGAGUGACAAUUGGUCCCCUUACGGCUCCUUAAGGUCCUACCUUAGCCUCGGGGGAAACUCAAGCUUAGGUAUCCAUCAGCAAGCUACAAUUGCCUCUCUGAGAAGUAACAACAACUGGCUACUUCCCCCUGCAAGGUCAGACAAUCUCGUUAACAUUCAUGCUUAUCUAACUACUAUCCAUCUCAAUGAUAAUGAAGAUUAUUAUGAGUGGGAGAUCGAUGGGAAAAUCAGUAGCCGUUACAGUGCGGGUACUAUUUAUGAAAAGCUCUGUGUGGAAGGAGUCUAUGUACCUUGGUUCGCCAUGGUCUGGAACAAGGGCGGAAUUCCUAGACACAACCAGGGGCGGAUCCAGAACGAUUUUUUACCGGGGGCACAAUAUCAUUUAUAA